CCCCGGUCCCCCCCCCCGCCUCGGGCUGGAGGAUUUAAGCGGCUCCGCGGUCAUGAUGAGGACUUUCUGACUUUCUGACUCUUUGAUUGAUUUCUGAAGUUUCUCGGGUUUCGAGUUUCGCAGACAUGAACGCCGAGCUGGAUUACGGAGGCUCCGGGAGCAGCGGGAACGGGAAGCUGCGCCAGUGGCUCAUCGAGCAGGUGGAUUGCGGGAAGUACCCGGGUCUGGUGUGGGAGAACGACGAGAAGAGCAUCUUCCGGAUCCCGUGGAAACACGCCGGGAAACAGGACUACAACCGGGACGAGGAUGCCGCGCUUUUCAAGGCCUGGGCGCUGUUCAAGGGCAAGUUCCGGGAGGGGAUCGACAAACCGGACCCGCCGACCUGGAAGACGCGGCUGCGCUGCGCCCUCAACAAGAGCAACGACUUCGAGGAGAUGGUGGAGCGGAGCCAGCUGGACAUCUCCGACCCGUACAAGGUGUACCGCAUCAUCCCGGAGGGAGCCAAGAAAAGACCUCGACAGGAGGACAGUCCCCUGAGUCCAAUGGGCUUCCAGGUCCACCCCUACCCGGCUCUGCAGACUCAGAUGCCUCAGUACGUGACGACACCAGAGUGCAGUUGGAGAGAUUUCUGUCCGGAGCAGACGCCGGAGCUGCCCUUCGCUCAGUGUCCCUGCCCCCCCCGCAGCCUGUCCUGGCAGGGCCCGUCCAUGGAGAACGGAUACCAGCUGCGAGCGUCCAUCUACUCGUACGGCCCGGCUGAUGGUCAGGCUCCGCCCUUCUCACUGGACGCCAGCAUCAGAUCAGCAGAGGCUGUGUCAGAUUUCCGCCUGCACGUGUCCGUGUACAUGCGGGACAGCCUGGUGAGGGAGGUGACCACCUCCAGUCCGAAGGGCUGCCACAUCACCCCCUGCUCCCCGGAGGAGAAGCUCAGUCUGAUGCCCGGAGGCCCCGAUGUGGUCCCCCUGCCCGUGGACAACCUGUCGGCCCAGAGGAGGACGGAGGACUGUCCCCCGAGCCCCCCGUCCUCCCUGGAGAGGGGGGUGUUACUGUGGAUGGGUGCGGACGGACUCUACGCCUGCAGGCUGUGUCAGAGCCGAGUGUACUGGCAGGGAGGGACGUCCCAGUACGGAGACAAGCUCAACAAGCUGGAGAGAGACGUCACCUGCAAACUCCUGCACAGCCAGGACUACCUCACAGAGCUGCAGAGCUUCGGGCUCCACGGUCGACCGCUGCCUCGCCUGCAGGUGCUGCUGAGCUUCGGAGACGAGUGUCUGGACCCGCAGAGACAGAGACGCACGCUCAGCGUCCAGGUGGAGCCGCUGUUCGCCAGGCAGCUCCUGUACUACGCCCAGCAGACGGGCGGCCACUACUACCGCAGCUACGACCUCCCGGGGGUCUCGGACCACUUCAACAGCUCGGAGGACUUCCAGCGCGUCACGCACCAUCACCACCACAGCAGCAGCAGCAGCAGCAGCCUGCAGGAGUGAACGUCUCCGGGGAGACACAUCCGGACGACGCAACGAGUGAAUCGAAAGAGACGAGAGGACGAACCUGGACAGUUUGACACAUGAGGAUGAUGGACAUUUAGUGACAGUUACUGUUUGACCCGGACAGAUCUGUGUGUGUGUGUGAGUGUGUGUGUGAGUGUGUGUGUGUGUGUGAGUGUGUGCGUGUGUG